AUGGCCUCGCCGGCGGCGGCGGCGGCGGGGACGGCUCGCCGGCGCAGGCAGACGGUGUACCACGGGCACCGUCGGGCGUCCCCGCACCGUCCCACCGUCCGGGGAGGCCUCUUCGCCGACCUCCGCGCCGCCGGGGACGCUUCCCGGAAGCCUCCCUCCUCCGCGUCCCCUGUCCCCGCCGCCCCAUUCCGCCUCGCCGACUGGGACUCGUCCUCCUCGUCGUUGUCUGCGCGGUCCCUUCCCUCCUCCCCGCCUUCGCCGUCCGCGUCCGCGGCCUCCCGCCGCCUCUCCCCGCUCGCGCGGUUCCUCCUCGACGCGCUCCGCCGCCACCAGCGAUGGGGCCCGCCCGUCGUCGCGGACCUCUCCAAGCUCCGCCGCGUGCCUCCCGAGCUCGUUGCGGAGGUUCUCAGUGCUCGCCCGCCUCCGCCGCCCCCGCUCGCGCUCCCGUUCUUCCUGUGGGCUGGUCGGCAGAAGGGCUUCCGCCACUGCUUCCCCGCGUUCCACGCGCUCACCUCGCUCCUAUCCGCCGCUGGACUCCCCGGCGCGGCCGACCAGCUGCCCGACCUCAUGCGAGCCCAUGGAAAGCCAGUCUCGCAUUCCCAGCUCAAUCUCCUCGUCCGGCUCCACACCGCCGCACGUCGCCCACUCCGCGCGCUCCACGCCCUCCGCCGCUUCCGCCACGAGUUCUCCGUGCAGCCUGAGGUCCAUGCCUGCAACCGCGUGCUGGGAGCGCUUGCUGCAGCUGGGCAUGUCGACGAUACCCUCAAGCUGUUCGAUGAAAUGUCGGACUGCGGCGUGCGGCCCAUGCCAGUGACAUUUGCGAUCAUGGUGCGUGCGCUGGCACGGGCGGGCAUGACGGAUAAGCUCCUGGAGAUGAUUAGAAGGAUGCGUGUUGAGGUGUGCCAACCGGAUGUGUUUGUGUACACUGCGCUGGUCAAGACGAUGGUCCGCUGGGGGCAUGUGGACGGUUGCAUCAGGGUCUGGGAAGAGAUGAGAAGGGAUCGUGUGGAUCCAGAUGCAAUGGCAUACACCACGAUGGUUGCGGGGUUAUGCAAUGCAGGAAUGGUGGAGAAGGCAACAGAACUGUUUGAGGAGAUGAGGAGGAAGGGUUUGCUGGUGGACAGGACUGUGUAUGCAUCUCUCAUUGAUGCGUAUGUCUCCGCCAGGAGGGUUGGUGAUGGUUGUAGAGUGUUGAAAGAGAUGGUGGAUGCUGGCUACCGUGCAGAACUGGGGACUUAUAACACACUAAUCGGCGGGCUAUGUGAGAUUGGGCGGGAAGAUAAGGCACAUAAGAUGUUUCAGAUUGUCCUCCAUGAGGAGCUCAUCCCAAGCUCUGAGACUGUUUCACCAUUGCUAGUCUGUUUUGCCGAUAAGGGUGAGAUGGCUAAGUUUUUUGGACUGGUCGAUAAACUGGUGGAGCUCAGCUUGCCUGUUGUUGAAAUUUUAGUGGACUUUCUGAAGCUCUUUGCUUGCAAGAGUGGUAGGGAAUUGAAGUCCGUGGAAGUUUUCGAGGCUUUUAGAAGAAAAGGGUAUUGUAGUGUGGGCAUUUAUAACAUUCUUAUUGAGAAUCUGCUGAAGAUCAAGGAGAGGAAGAAAGCACUUCUGUUGUUCGAGGAAAUGCAAGGUUCAGAUGACUACAAGCCGGACUCAUUUACAUAUAGUCAUAUGAUCCCAUGUUUUGUGGACGAAGGAAAUAUUGAAGAGGCUUGCUCGAGCUAUAACUCCAUGAUGCAGGCCGUUUGGAUACCAAGUAUUUCAGCCUAUUGUGCUCUUGUGAAAGGGUUGUGCAAAAAAGGAGAGAUAAAUGAAGCUAUUUCGCUUGUUAAAGAUUGUCUUGGGAAUGUGGAAAAUGGGCCGAUGGAAUUCAAGUACACCUUGACUAUUCUUGAAGCUUGCCGAUCAAAAAGCCCAGAGAAGGUCAUCAAAGUGGUGGAUGAAAUGAUUGAGUUAGGUUAUCCCGUAGAAGAAAUUAUCUAUUCUGCUAUCAUUUAUGGCUUCUGCAAGUAUGCAAGUUCAACUGAGGCAAGAAAAGUGCUAUCUACCAUGAGAGAUCGGAAUAUUAUUUCAGAAGCCAAUUUUAUUGUGUAUGAGGAUAUGCUGAAUGAGCACUUGAAGAAUGUCACUGCAGAUUUGGUGAUAUCUGGAUUGAAAUUUUUUGAUCUUGAAUCUAAAUUAAAAUGGAAAAGCAGAGAUGAUUGACAAAUAUUUGUGCAGUUGCUACAUACUAGAUUGCCUCUUCCCAGCACAUGACAUCAACCAUAUGAAGUAGGUAAAGGUGGAAUGGAAGUACACAAGUUCUGUAAUGAGCGAUCACAGCAGCACAGUCUCUAACUUCUUUCAGGAUGCUAAUGGUACUAUGGUAGCUUUUCGUUCUACUGGGGAGCUGAUGCUGAUCAGUAUUAUGGCGUUGUCUGAAUCCCUUAACAUUCUUGUAAGGUUGCUUCUUCACAACAACCUCUAGGAGACAGCAAGCAUCCUUUGGAAGUGGUGAUACCAAUCCAGCCAUCUAGUCGAACAAGUGAGAUCGACGUGGUGCAUUCCUGGAGUUUAGUGCAGAGUGUGAUUUCAAUUCGCCGCCUAUAUACCUUUUUUCUGAAACCAAGAGGGGCAAUCAGGCGCAUGCCAGACAUGGGCAUAACUGUUGCCAUAUGGCGUUAGGUAUAACCGUUAAUGCACCCUGAUGCCGACGGGUUGCUGUGGAUGUCUGUGUACAUUCCUCUUGAUUGUCACCAAUUAUUUUCCAGCAUGGGCGUCCCAAUGUGUAAGUGGUUGCAUUGAUCGUUGAUGCAUGGACUUCGCUUGCAGCCUUGGAUAAAUGUAGGAGCUAUAUAUAUAUAAAUAUAAUAUAUCUAUGCGUCUGUUUUCUUCUACAGUUUCCUCUUGUUAUUAUUGCAUAGGCCAUUAUGGUUGCAAUUUGGAAAUGUUGUGAUUAUUUGGUUGCAAUUCGUCUUGUUCUUUGCGAGGCAGAUGACUGUGUCACUGUGGGAAGAAACAAUUAACUUCUGUGUUUACAGUUAAACUACAUGAUCAUAAGCAUGUAAGAUUACUAUGCCAACAAUAUAUAUAGGCAAGUUUGCUAGUGUCAGCUGUCUUACUCGACGCCUGUAUGUUAUAAGGAAGAUCUGAACCCUAAAUAGA